ACCGACGUCUAACAAUGCCAGAGCCAGCAAAGUCCGCGCCCAAGAAGGGCUCCAAGAAAGCAGUUACGAAGACAACAGCAAAAAGCGGGAAGAAACGCAGAAAGUCCAGGAAGGAAAGUUAUGCCAUCUACGUUUACAAGGUCCUGAAGCAGGUUCACCCCGAUACCGGUAUCUCUUCGAAGGCGAUGGGGAUCAUGAAUUCCUUUGUUAACGACAUCUUUGAGCGCAUUGCCGGAGAGUCCUGUCGCUUGGCUCACUACAACAAGCGCUCAACCAUCACCUCCAGGGAAAUCCAGACCGCUGUGCGUUUGCUGCUCCCAGGUGAGCUGGCAAAGCACGCCGUGUCCGAAGGUACUAAGGCAGUGACGAAGUAUACAAGCUCCAAGUAAAUUCUCCUAUAAACUACACCCAAAGGCUCUUUUAAGAGCCACCCACUUUUACCCUACAAGAACAGUUCCAUUGUGUUCCGCAACUCAAACGGACGCUCACGCCUUGUCUUUCAAAUAUAAUUCAGUACGCUCAAGGGAGGUACUUAUUGAACUGACGUUACACACUUAAACACUGGUGGAACCACAAUUAUUUUCUUAUUUCGUAAAUGGGGGGUGGGGGUGGAAGGGCCUAAAAUGGCCUCCAGUUGUCAAAGCUCUAACCUGCCUGUUUAGAUAUUCUACUUUUACAAUAAUAUUCAGAAAACGAUAUAAGAAUAUUGCCAGGGUAGCGAUUAUUUUCCAUUAGGUGGCAACGAAGACAACAGCAGAAUGAGCUUCAUCUACAGUUUAGCUGUGUUCAGAAAUGUGCAUCAACUUUAAACUGAAUCAACUCAAUAUUAGAGAUGAUUUUGUAGUAUACAUAUCACCUGGUAUUUCAAUUU